AUGAAGGCGGAGAAAUUAAUGCGACAUGGUUGCGAGGCAUAUUUGGCUUUAGUGACGACUGGUAAUGAGGACAAGAUGGAAUUGCCAGAUAUUCUGGUGGUCUGUGAAUUUCUCGAUGUAUUUCCUGAAGAGUUGCCAGGAUUGCCGCCAUCGAGGGAGGUUGAGUUCUCUAUUGACUUAGUACCAGGUACGCAGCCAGUUUCUAGGGCUCCUUACAGAAUGGCUCCAAAUGAAUUGAAAGAGCUAAAGGUGCAGUUGGAGGAAUUGAUUGAGAAGGGAUUCAUCCGCCCGAAAGAUGUAAAGAAGACUGCUUUUCGCACUAGGUACGGCCAUUACGAGUUUGUGGUCAUGCCAUUUGGGUUGACUAAUGCCCCGGCAGUCUUCAUGGAUUUGAUGAACAGGGUGUUUAGAGAGUAUUUGGAUAGCUUUGUUAUAGUGUUCAUUGAUGACAUACUCAUCUACUCGCCGAGUUUGGAGAACCAUGAGACCCACCUUAGGCUGGCAUUGCAGAGGCUGAGGGAGAGGCAGUUGUAUGCCAAGUUCAGUAAGUGUGAUUUUUGGCAGCGACAGGUUGGCUUCUUGGGACACGUAGUAUCUGGUGAGGGUAUUUCAGUAGACCCUGAAAAAGUGAAGGCAGUGAUUGAGUGGCCACAACCGACUACAGUGACCAGCAUCAGGAGCUUUUUGGGGCUAGCAGGUUACUACAGAAGAUUCAUUGAGGGUUUCUCUAGGCUUUCAUCUCCUAUGACAAAGUUGACUCGGAAGGGAGUCAAGUACGAAUGGAACGAGGCUUGUGAGCGUAGCUUUGAGGAGUUGAAGAAGAGGCUAACCUCAGCACCAGUAUUGGCUAUUCCUAGGAGUGGAGAGACAUUUUCCAUCUUCAGUGAUGCGUCACACUCAGGUCUCGGAUGUGUAUUGAUGCAGGAUGGACGAGUGAAUGCCUAUGCCUCGAGACAAUUGAAGAAACAUGAGGUGAACUACCCUACCCAUGACUUGGAGUUAGCGGCAGUAGUGUUUGCUCUCAAGAUUUGGAGGCAUUACCUUUAUGGAGAGAAGGUGGAGAUUUAUACUGACCAUAAAAGUUUAAAGUACCUUUUCUCCCAGAAGGAGUUGAACAUGAGGCAACGUAGGUGGAUGGAGCUUUUGAAGGACUAUGAUUGUGAGAUCUUGUACCAUCCGGGGAAGGCCAACGUGGUGGCCGACGCAUUGAAUGCUUUGGGGACGAAGCUAAAGUUUAGUACCGCGUUCCACCCUCAGACAGAUGGACAGUCAGAGAGGACCAUCCAGACAUUAGAGGACAUGUUGAGGGCAUGUGUGUUGGAUUUCCAUGGUAGUUGGGAUGAUCAUCUGCCACUAGUAGAAUUCGCUUACAACAACAGUCACCACUCUAGUAUUGGUAUGCCGCCUUAUGAGGCACUUUACGGCAGGCCGUGUAGAUCACCCAUUUGUUGGGAGGAGAUUGGAGACAGAGCAUUAUUGGGGCCAGAGAUUGUUGAGCAGACAUCAGAAAAGAUUCGGAUUAUCAGGGCUAGAAUGAAGGUCGCACAGGACCGACAAAAGAGCUAUGCGGAUAAAAGACGUCGAGACUUGGAGUUCUCAGCUGGGGACCACGUAUGGCUAAGAGUGAUGCCCAUAAAGGGCGUACGCAUAUUUGGGGUGUCGGGGAAGCUUAGUCCUCGCUAUAUUGGACCGUUUGAAAUCUUGGAACGAGUUGGCCCUUUGGCCUAUAGGUUGGCCUUGCCACCACAGUUAGCUGGCGUUCAUAAUGUCUUCCAUGUGUCCAUGUUAAGGAAGUACGUGCCGGAUCCCCAGCAUAUCAUCGACUAUCAGACUAUAGAAGUCAAGGAGGAUGUCACAUACGAGGAGAAACCUGUUAGUAUUUUGGAGCGGAAAGAGAAAAUGCUACGAAAUCGAUCGAUUCCAUUUGUUAAAAUUCAGUGGCAGCGUCACUCUUUAGAUGAGGCUACCUGGGAGCGCGAGGAGGAGAUGAGGUGUCUUUUCCCCCAUCUAUUCGAGUGA